CCGACUUUUCUCUCCCAAAUUAUCAACGGAAAGAAGAAAUUAGACAGAGCACAAAGAAAAUAUGGACAACUGGAUGCUCCACAACUCAAAAACCAGAUCUCCGCCGCCGACGCCGCCGCACGAAACCCUAUUCCAAGCCCCGCCGGAAGACUGCGCCUGCGACUGCAGCUCUUGGCGGUCUCAGAAUGAGGCGGAUGGGAAAGAGGAUCCAUGGCGGACGAUGAAGGCCAAUAAGAAGAAGAAGCAGAAGAAGAAGGUGUUUCUAGAAGGGUAUGUGGAGACAUCUGAGGAUGACGAGCUUGGGAGGACGAAGAGCUUGACGGACGAUGAUCUGGAGGAGCUUAAGGGCUGUUUGGAUCUGGGAUUUGGAUUCAAUUACGAAGAAAUUCCCGAGCUAUGCAACACCUUGCCGGCUCUCGAGCUUUGUUAUUCCAUGAGUCAAAAGUACCUCGAUGAGCACCAGCGGUCGCCGGAAUCUAUGUCGGAAACAGCCUCCUCCGCCGCUGCCCCCAUUCCCAACUGGAGAUUCUCUAGUCCUGGUGAUGAUCCUGAAGAUGUUAAAGCACGCCUCAAAUACUGGGCGCAGACGGUUGCUUGCACUGUGAGAUUAUGCAAUUAGGAAAGAGGAGAAUGAAGGCUUGUUCCCCCCCCCCCCCCCGAAAAGCAAUGGCGGAUGGACCCAAAGAACCCGAAUGACUGUUUCCUUCAUUCCCAUCGAGAGGCGAGACGAUUGUUUGUCUGAGGUGAAGAAAGCUCCUGAUCAUCGUCCUCAUCAUACCUCGAGGUACAUUCUGCAUAAUUUCUGAUUCUGGAAAGUGACUGACCCGAAGAGGACGGGCGGCGUUGAGUGGUUCUCAUCGUGUAUGUAUAUGGAUUGUGCAGAGGCUGUAUAUCAAAACCUUGAAAUAAUAAUACUCUGUAAUUGUUGAUGUACAUUUACAUUUUGGUUGAACUGAAUCCAUGUUUCUUGCCCUGAAUCCAUGUGCCUCAUCUUUUUCUCUCAUCAAACUACUUUCAACUCUGUUGGUUUCUGAGAGG